GUAAGUGUUGAAAAAACGGAGAUUCAGCCGCUUAAAUAUAAUUAAUUAUGUUUCCCUUUACUUUUCCCUUAACUCCCAAUCGGAAGCUAACUUCAACGUCGCGCUUUCGCUGCUAGCUCGGUUGUUUUCAGCAGUGUGACAUGGCGUCAGCUCCAGCACAGCAGCCCACCCUGACUGUCGAGCAGACCAGAGUGGUGCUCAGUGAGGUGAUCCAGGCCUUCUCAGUACCAGAGAACGCAGCGAGGAUGGAGGAGGCACGAGAGAGCGCCUGCAACGACAUGGGCAAGAUGCUGCAGCUCGUGCUCCCCGUGGCCACCAUGAUCCAACAAGAGGUCAUCAAAGCUUACGGCUUUAACAACGAAGGAGAGGGCGUCCUAAAAUUUGCCAGACUGGUGAAGAUGUAUGAAACCCAGGACCCUGAAAUUGCCGCCAUGUCGGUUAAACUGAAGUCUCUCCUACUGCCGCCGCUGUCAACACCACCUAUAGGAGGUGCCAUUCCAGCUUCAUAGGAAUUAUUUACGUUAUUUACUUUGGUUAAUUGCAAAUUGUCUGCGAGGUCACUUGUGUGUAAUGCUUUGAGGAUCCACAUGACCAUACUGUAUUUAAGAUCCUGUCUACAGUCUAUCUGCCUUCCCGAGACACUAAAACAUACAAUACCGAUACAUUAAUACGUUCCAACAUGAUCAACUUCAUACCUUAUCUACAUUAUGGUUUAAUUUCCUUUUAAAAAAUGUUAAAUUAUUGCUUUUAAAAUGUUUCACUACUUAUUUGUUUCAUAUUACACUUUGGCCAUUUUCUUGUGUUAUUGAACUGUAAACAUUUUCUUUUAAUACCAUCUUUUAUACCAUUUUUAUAUGCUGUCAAAUGUUAUUAAAUGUCAUUCUUUUGUUGUGUAUUAAAACUCAAAAGGUU